CUCCAGCAUCGUAUUUUAAUUAAAAAAUAAUAAACAGUGAUUAUAGUGGUUAGUACGGUGCUAAGUUCAAUGAAGUUAGCACUCUAACGAGUCCUUCCAUAACUAUUAAUAUUGAAUGCCAUAGAACAGAGUCAACUUCGAUCGCGACACUAAGCAAGAAAUCGGAAACUUGGGUCGGCAGAACAAUUUCCACGGCAAAAGAGCGCUUUCCUCUUCGAAAUCGGAAAAUUUGUGUUUUCGAAGUUAAUUAAUGUUUGUCAGUAAUGUUGAUAGUAUCGAUUCUUUUCAAUUCCUGUAAAGUCGAAACAAUUUACAUUAUCAAAAGGAUUGUGACGCUAUAUAUGUUCAUAACUUCGUAUACAACCCACCACCCCCCCCCCCCUCCUGAAAGUUACCCUAAUGGUAAUGGGUGACGUUUUUUCCUUUUCAAGUUGUCUUAUAAAGACAAAAACCUAUGUCUAUUCUUCAAUUAUUUCGCCAUUCGAUGUGAUCUCGAUCGAAAUAAGUUGCGGUAUGGUGGUUGAUACCGUAGUUUUUUCCUUUUCUUCUAACAAUAUCGUAAGGAGUUUGAUUUCUAUUUAUAGUGACAUGCUAACUUAUUAGUUGAUGAGCACUUCUAUUAUUCUAAAAAGUAUUGGUGCUUUAAUGUACAGUUUAAAGUUGUACCACAAUGUUAAAUGUAUAAGUUCAGGUUGUACCAUAUAAGAAUUUGUACAAUUACGUUAUCGUACAACUUCACAACUUGAAGUUGUACCAUCACAUAAAGGUACAAGUUCAAGUUGUAUCAUAAAAGAAUUUGUAUAAAAAUUCAAAAGUAUAGAUACAAUCUAAAGUUGUACCAUAAUGUUAAAUGUACAAUUUCAAGUUGUACCAUAAAGACAAAAACCUAUAGCACCAAUACUAUAUAGCAUUGUAAAAUUUCUCCUACUUUGAUAACUUUGAUUUAUCCAUUAGGUGGUCAGCAUAGUGACAUUACGUGGAAUGUUUCACAAGGUUCCUACUACCUAGUAAGUAUGUCCAAUUCCACCUUAAUUGAUAUAUUUGAGGAGAAAACCUAAUGGCCAGAGUAUUCUAAAUAAAAUGACGUUGUUUUAGUGAUUAUAAUUAAUACAAAUGAAUUUAUUAAAUAUUUUAUGAAUAUAAAAGUUAAAAUUUGAUGCAAUUUGUUGGAUUCAGGUAUAAACGUUUAAGUAUUGACGUUAAAUGUUGCAUUUAAAUAUGUGUAUUUGUUAUUUAUUUCGAAUGUCGUAUUUUAUUAAGCCGACAUAAACCGGCACAAAUCGGUUUUACCACUGGUCGUAUCAUUCCACUCUCUAAACCAGUGCAACUGUAUAAACCGGUUUGACAACCUUGCUUGGACGUGUUCGAGGAAUAGGAUUAGUUGUUAGGUUAGCAGUCUAAGUCAGUAACUCGGAUCAAAUUAGUUAGUCAUUUCAGAUAUUUGUUGAGGUCAUGGGAGUUAGUAAUUAGUAGUGGAAGCCGAGAUUGAUGGCUUGAGUAAUGUGCUUAUUGUUCAAACUUAUUCUUCAAAUGUAAAUAGAAAUUUUCAAUUUGUCCCAAUAUUCAGCUUUUAGUUACGCACAUAAAUUCAACACGCAUUCUCUCUCCAAAUCAUCUGCCUAUAUAAGCUUAAAAUAUAUUGCAUAAAUAAAAACAAAGCAUUAUUUACCCAAAAGAAGAAGAAGAAAGAAACAUAACAAUAUUAUCUUCAGCAGAAAUGUGCAUCGGAGUUUUCUCCCUUCUUCUUCUGGCAGUCCUGAUGUCGUCAGGAAUUGGCCUCGCCGCCGCCGCCGGACUGGCCACCUUUGUAUUCGGCGACUCCUUACUAGAUCCUGGAAAUAACAAUUACAUUUCUACCAUCUCAAGGGCAAAUUACAUUCCUAAUGGUAUUGAUUUUGGCGGUCCCACCGGUCGAUUCACCAACGGUAGAACCAUCAUUGACAUUCUAGGUGAGAAAUUGAGUGGAGGGUUUUUGACUCCUCCUUAUAUGGCUCCCGAUACCAAGUGGCCGGGGAUUCUCAAGGGCGUCAACUACGCUUCCGGCGCCGCCGGGAUCCUCAAUGAAACCGGAAGGAUUUUUGGCGGAAGGAUCAAUAUGGACGCUCAAAUUGACAACUUUGCCAACACGAGGCACGACAUUAUAUCGAGAAUCGGCCCAGUCAAGGCUCAACAUUUCUUCAAUAAGGCAAUGUUCGCCGUCUCGAUUGGAUCGAACGACUUUCUCGACAACUAUCUGCUGCCUCUGUUCGACGAACCAAAACCUCCCAAAGUGUUUAUCGCCUCCAUGAUCCAGAGGUUCAAACUCCAACUUACAAGGUUGUACAAUUUGGGUGCUCGGAAGAUUGUUGUGGUGAACGUGGGUCCUAUCGGGUGCAUCCCAUACCAGAGAGACGUGAUGGACUCAGGGGACGAGUGCGCGAGCAAGUCGAACGAGUUGGCUCAGUCGUUCAACUCGAAGCUGAGGAUACUUAUUCGACAACUCAGUAGAGUAUUCAAGGGAGCACAUCUAAUUCACGCCGACGCUUACAGCAUCGUCAACGACAUCAUCACUAACUACACUUCCUACGGUUUCGAGAAUGCAUCCACAGCUUGCUGCCGCCUGCUUGGGUCGCGCCGAGUGCUGGGGUCGCAAGGCGGCCUGAUCCCGUGCAUCCCGCUGUCGACAGUUUGUCAGCGCCGGAACAAGUACGUCUUCUGGGAUCCUUACCAUCCGUCCGACGCUGCAAAUGUGAUCAUAGCCGGACGGCUGCUAGACGGGGACCGUAAAAUCAUUCGGCCAAUGAACAUUCGCCACCUGGCUUCAAUCUGAAUGGAGGAAAAGAGGAAAAUUGGGUUAUGCCUUUUUUGGCUCUGACGAUCGACCUCAGCUCACCAUGAUAGAGUUAGCAAUGAUGGCAUUGGUUACUCAUAGAUAGUCCAUCUUUGAAUCAAUGAAAAGUAGUGAACAAGAGCCAAUAAAAAUUAUAUUGAUCCGUAUUGAGGUCAAAUUUCGAAUUUGCUUUUUCCAAUUCGAUUCGUGAUUGUUAUACGACUUCGAGAGCGAGUGGUUGGUGGUGGUUAAUUGCAUUGGUCACAUUCCCCAUCCCCUCCCUCCCAUUGCGAAGAUGAAACCCUAUCAUGCCUCAGAUAUGAAAAAGAGAAGAUUUCAACUAAUAUAUAAGCAUGGCGAAUAGAAUGGAGUUCAAUCAAAUAGUUAGGUUCUGGUCUAUCUCACUUGAUUCCUCCGCACUACCAUCGCCCAAUGGUUUUGUCUCUCCUAUAUCGAUGAACUACUAGAAGAAUUAUUUUGCUACUCCUAUUGCCGAAGACGAUGUUUGAUCAUUUAUAUCUACCUCCUUUACUCCUCUUCCUAUACCAGACUUUGAACUUUAAUGGGUUUUGUGUCUUCGUCCAAGGUUAAUCGCUUCACAUAUGUAAGUCAUUCCUUUCUUCUCUUUGUCUCAUGGUUUUAUCUUUCUGAUUAAUAACAAAAUGACUUUUAUUUACAGGUUGUCUCACGUGUAGAACAUGCAGAAGAUCUAUUUCUUUUGAUCCUAUUGCCUAAUACGAUGUUUGAAGCACAGUGGAUCUCUUGCGUCGUUGCUCCUCUUUCUAUUCUUAGGUUUCAACUAUAAUGACUUUUGUAUAUUCAUAGAAUGUCCAUUGAGUUGAACUGGUAGGCUAUUAUUUCCUUUCCAAUUUAUCUAAGUUGUUUGUGAUUGAUUUAUAAAAUAGACAAAAAUAUACUUGUAUAAACAUAACUCUGCACUUUGUGACAAUAAUAGCUAAAUUUUAAGAAAUACACAGAUCUAACCAAAUUUAGAAAAAUAGUUUGAUAAAUUUAGUCAUUUCCCUUAAAAUCUUUAACACCGUUAGUGACUCUGUCAAUAAAGUGAAUGUUACUAUGAAGUGCAUGCCACCUCAGCUCCAACAAGACACACCAUGCCACCCGGACGCCACGUCAUAUUUUAAUUAAAAAAUACAUUAAUUUAUUUUAUUAAAGAAAUUUCAUAAACAAAUCCCUAAAACCGCCCCUGGGGUAAAAAAUUGUUAGAGUAUGUGUAGUACGAGUAGUAUUAUGUUAUACUACGAGUACUGUUAUGUAAUUGGUCAGGGUUAUAUUCCUUAUCAGAGUCGUAUUAGUGUUAGGGUUAUUAUAGAAGUCAGUCUUUGUACUCUAUAUAAACCCUAUGUGGUGUCAGUAAUAAGAUACAACAGUUUCCACCGUAUUCUGAUUUACCAACAUGGUAUCAGAGCCUGAUUCAAAAACCUAAUCGAGGAAACCCUAAGCUCUUUUUCUUCUUCGGCCGCCCACCAUGAGUGCACAGUCGCCCGGGACCAGAUCACAGUAACUGAUGGGUGAGUAACCCAUCAGUAACCCCUUCCUUUGUCUCCACGUGUCAGCCCUUUUUUUAUUUAAAUUAAAUGCGAAAGGACAAU